CGUCCAUGGUGCUCGCUAACUGGUCAUAGAUAAAAAUUAGAAUUGCUAUCGAUUCUACGUAAAUGAAAUGAUGCAGGGACAGACGCAUCAUGGGAUUCUCAACAAGUAUUCCUGCGCAGAUUAUCAAAAUGUGACGUUACUUGCAUGUCGACGGCAAAGGCUAGCGGACUAAGGCACCUUCUGUCAAAAUGGAACAGAGUGAUUCGAAUCCUUGGAAUUCUCGCCUUUCAAAAGACCUCUAUGGAGGUUGGACGUACUGCGACAGGUGACAGAACUAACGUUUGAUUCAAUAAAGGAUAAUCGUUUAAAAAUCUGUGCCGAAUUGUGUUGACGCCAAUUUGAAUCUUCGCGCAAGGACGCAUGAUGAUCACGUAAUCCCAAACGCGGAUACGUCGGCCAAAUUGUGAAUAGUAUUCCCUCUGUGGUAAUAUUUUUGUGAUAUUAUUCGAAUUCUAAGAAAGGUCGGCGCAAGUAGUUACAAUUUGCUGUGAUUAUUGAUAUAGAACCAGUCCCCCGGCCGAACGCUACUUGGAUUAUUCUUAAGCCAGUACUGUCUUUGUCAGCUGGAGCUGUUCUAGCACAAAUUAGGGGGCCAAUAUUUCGUCAGAGCUUUGAGCAAGGGGAUCCCCAGUCUGUGAUUUUGAUAAUUGGAGCUGUGAGUUUAUACUGAAAAGGAAUAUAUAAGUGCCAUUGGGAAUAUCUAAAUUUUGAAAGUUUGGGAAGAAAUGAUAUUAGAGUGACUGAAAGCAUUGACGUGUGAAAGAUUCACCCAUCCCGAAUUGCGAAAUGAACUUCACCAGUUUGAUGUAAGUUAACUGGACUUACUGAUAAGAAGACUAUUAAUUCGCACAGUUGAUCAGUGGUGGAGUAUUGGAAGUUCAAAUUUCUUGAAAAUUGACUUGCGGGCGUAAAUGAACUAACGAAGACAAUAGUUCAGUCUUGUAGGAGGUUGGAGAAAUUCGGGUUAAAAAAUCGUUAUUCUAACACUGGAACAGAAGAAGAACAAUGUGAAAAUGACCCGACUCCGCGAUGACAGUCUCCGUAUGUCACUAGGACUUCAUUACUAAGAAGAAUGAACGCGGGGAACGGCAACAACGAACGCCGGCACGAGAAAUGUCUUCAUCAUUGCCUUGGCGCCAUCUCAGCCGAGCGUCCAAUCCAGCGUCCAGUUCCGAGACAGCUCAAAAGUGCAUCAAGAUAUUGGGACCUAGACUGUUUGAAAAAGGCAGAAGAGGUUACAGCAAGUGCAAAGUUACUAAGUGACGACUGCCUGGUUCAGGUCAGAGCACAGGUCAUGACCCGUGACGAUGAAUUAGUUGGCUGGGUGCCCAUGGGUGGUGGGGGUUGGAGUGCGGUGGGGCUGAUGAAGCGCCUCGUUGGCAGUGGUGAGGAUAUCAAACCUGAAUACGUCAUCCAAGGAGAGAGGGUCUCCGAUAAAUCUGUGGUUUUAAAUUGUAGAUUAAAAAAGGACUUACAAUAUACACAGGCGACGCCAACAUUUCACCAUUGGCGGACACAGGACAAAAAGUUCGGCCUAACUUUUCAAAAAAAUUCGGAUGCCCGUGCAUUUGACAAUGGUGUAAAAAGGGCAUUGGAAGAUUUAUUAGAAGGCACUGGAUCUCCAGAAUCCACUCAAAUUGAGUUGGGCGAUGACGAUGUAUUUGUUACCCUAGAUCUACCACUUGGCGGCCGGAAAGACUCCUCAUCUCAGUCAGCAAGUACAACAUCAACGACAACAAGCUCUCCGACGCAACAGUCGCCCGCACAGGAACCCUUUAUAUCCAGUCACCACCAUGCCAAUCACCAACAUUUACACAUGAUUAAGUAUGUCGAAAAGAAACCGUCAAAAGCCUCGCCAUCUAGUGAUAAAAGUCAGAGUAGCAAAUCAUUAAGUAGCGAUACGAACACUAGUAAAGAAGAUGUCUGGGUGAAACACGAAAAACAGCCUUCUAUACAGUCAAAGUCGGAUAAGUCAGGAGGGGGCUCUGAUCCUGAUACGACGAUAGAAAUCAAAGACUGUCAUAAAGGUGAUAGUAAAGGUUACUAUGUUCAGUUUGCAAGGAACACAAAUAAUGACUAUUCGUAUCCACAGUUAGACUCAGUCCGACCUUCGCAACGAAAGGACAGUUUAAGUUCUUUGAAGAAAAUAGGGACUGAAAUAUCAUUACAACCUCCUUUACCAGGUAAAAAGAAAAGCAAAAAAGGACAAUAUGGAAGAGGGAAAGACUAUUUAUUAUCCCAGAAGCGUUCGAGAUGUGUGUACUGUUCAAAAAUGUUUGUUCAUGAGGACAACUGUAAAGGUAGCUGCGAGGACGCACCGGAUAGGGUGCAUGACUGUAUAGAACAGGUCUCAUGCAUAUGUUGUGCAACGAGCAUGCUCUACCAUUGUAUGUCUGAUGCAGAAGGUGACUAUGGUCACCCCUGCGUGUGUGACACCUCGGACGAUAGUAACUGUAAAAAAUGGACGGCUCUAACCGUUCUGUCAUUUUUCGUACCAUGUCUCUGGUGCUACCUGCCGCUGACGGCAUGCCACAGGUGUGGUGUUUCAUGUGGUUGUUGUGGGGGGCGCCACAAAUCACCCGUACAUACCUGAACGUCUCAUCCUGCUAGCUUAUUGAGUUGAUGAAGUUACUGCGUGAUAGGUGAGACAACACCGGAUAGACGUGAUACAGCCCAGUUGGAGUGCGGACAACGGGAGCAACCAGUUCAGUUGUUUGCACAGGAGCAUGCAGGGUAUCGCACGAUGUACGCGGGGAGGCGUGCGCGUUACUGACAGAAACAGACCGGAGAAGAUCUGAGGAUUAUGUCAUACUCUAUUGGUGCUAUUAACGAGUUUGCCCCAUCUUGCAGGCAGACAUGUGUACGUGAGUGUGCAUCAUAUUGCUAAUGUACUGCAGCUCAACUGCGGGUUUUUUAGGUUAUUCGAAUCAGUUCAGUCUCGAAUGACGAUCAUAAGCCAGGGAUAUGGACCUGUGUCAAAUUGUCUAACACAGCACAACGAAGUCCAGAACUAGAUGCGUCAUUGUGAAAGGUUUCGAUAGAUUUUCAGUGCUGACUUAGGGUGAGAUUGAAACUAAUAUGAAACGUAACUGCGAUUGGUGUAAGAAAAUGGAGGUAGCAUAUUUCAAGAGAUAGUAAACUAUGUUUCUAGCACGUCUUUGUUAACCCAGGCAAACUACUAGAACUGCUGAUCAAUCUUUUGGUAUUAGGACAGUCUUUAGGCACUGUCGACAAUGAAAUACCCCAGGUACAGUGUCCAGUCAAAGCAAUCCCGGGUCAUGAAAUGUUACUUGCAACUUUUCAACUCUUAGACCUCUUAAAUGGACUUUCUCAUCUUUGAGUCGUUAGAAAGAAGACACAGACGCUUCUGUCAAAGAAAUAAUACUUUUAUAACAUACAUGUGUCUAUCAAGGCAACAUAGAUACAUGAUGACAACAAAUCCCAUUACGUCUUAUGGUAGACGGAAGAGCGGGGACUCUCAUCACCCAGGGAUGUUUUGCUGGUGACCUAAGAUUCAGCUCCUUGUGUUGGAAUCACCCAUUGCAACAGCAACUAAGUAAACAAUGGAAGUAGAAUAUUACAUUUUUGGAAAGAAUUUUUUUGACGAUUACAAAAAUAUUUGUAAAAUGUUAUGAUCUCCCUUUGAAGAAAGUUUCUCCAUGACUUUCGAAUGUUGACUUUGGGCAUUAUUUUGUUUGUUUCUACUGCAGGCCAGCGGCUACUUAACAUAAUUUGAGCAACGACGUUUGCUAAGUUUUUGAGUUUUGUUUGGUUUGGGAUGUUACUUUUCCAAGUAUACAUGUAUAUAUACUUACUUCUACUGUUCAGCAGAUAAACUGAUGUCAGUUAAAGACUUCUGAGUAUGAAUAUUGUUGGGCUUAACUUUAAAAAGACUUUUGUUUAUGGCCCGACAAGUGUCAGGAUGGCACUAUUUCAAGGUCUAAAAUGUUGAGACUUUCCAAAAUGAAUGAAAUGUCUACAGCAUGCUCCUGCAGUAGAGACUAGAAACAGAUUUUUUUCUAGAAUUUAGGUGAGUUUUAAAAUACUAGCUAAAAAAAUUGCUGAAUUUUGAAUGAAGUUUCAUUGUUGCUCAAAAGGUUCGCUGGGUUCAGUGAAUGGGGUAUUUGCAUGUGUUAAUAGGACGCCAGUCAGGCUCCGGCAAUGUAAACAAACUAUGCCGAAAGUCAUGCACAAAUUUUUGAUUGUAGAUAAUAUUUGGUCAGUAGACACUUGGACAGAUUUUAAUUUCAAGAAAAUUGACAGCUCUGUUUUAUACGAUUAGUUAUAAAUGAAAUGUUUGAAUCCAACUGGUUUUGAGUUCUGUUGGCCAACAUAGCAGUCGUACCAUUGGGUGGCGAAUCAUGAAAUCUCAGCAGUCAAACAAAUCAUCAUGGCUUCUCGUAUCUCAAACUUUUAUGAUUGGAAUACAGACACAACAUUCAUACAGAAGAGGAAAGCGCCAACCUUGUUCUAUUGGGUGUGUCCUUCUGAAAUGAUUUGGAAGUGCAUUUAUCCAAUCUUCUGCCCUUAUUAUGUCUGAUGAAAUAUAUUUCAGUUAUGGUUUGUGAGCUGAUGAAAAUUGAGGAUCAAUUUGGACUUUGACUUCUGAUAUUUUCUGAUUUGUUGAACUCUGUUCCAUGGCUUUUUAUCUUUAUUUCAUCACAUUCACAGUUAGCUGCAUAACAGGCCUUUAGGUCAUGAACAGAGUGUAGGUUGUGUGCAGAUUGCAAAAGCACUGUUGGUCAGACGUUCCUUUGUGUGGGAGUUUGUGACCUCUGAUGGCAGGCAAGGUGUCAACGCCUGUGACUGGCAACAUGCCAGCAGCCCUUGCCUGCUGUCAGUGAAGACUAGAGUAAGGCAUAGCCACAGAUGGCAGGAGAGGCUAGUGAGUGGGUUUUAUAGGUUUAUGGUGACUCUCAUGUUGAAGCACCUUGAUCCAAGGUGCCUGGAUCUUUUGGGCCAGUAUCGGAAUCACUGCGCUGGUCUGUUAUAAGCAACGUCUUUCCCUACGCCGCACAAAGUAGGUUAUCUUGUUGGACCUGUACACCAACGGAGAACAUGAUUGUGAAUCAGUGAUAUUCUGAUUUUAAGGUUGGUCAAACUUCAAACCUGGUCAAACACUUCAUCCUGUCAGACGUGUGCAUCGAUUCCGACUGGUUCCAUGUUUAUAUGGUGCAAGUUAAACAUCAGAUAGAUUCUAUUGUUUAGGCCUCAGUGGUGCCCGCGAUGGAUUUACCAUGGUGCCAAGUGUCUCUGGGACUCGGAACUGUAUGCAGACGAGGGCCAUGGUCCCUUUCUUUUUGGGGCUGAGGAAAACAUGUGAAAAUGAAUCAUUCUGUUAUUGUCACCAUUACAGGCUGUUUUACUUGAAACCAGUGUCAGUUGUAUGUCAGUUCUGUGAAAUCUUGCCACAAUGAGUCUUUGAGGCCUAGCAAGUACCUGCUGAAAUUGACAAUUGUCGUUACUUAAUUUGAACUGCAACAUGUUGAUUUCACUGUAGAGUUUGCCUCUUAUGAGAGUGGCGUCUACAAUUGCAAGUGAUUCAUUUUCAUGUGAUUCUCCCAUGAGUAUUGUCCUGUGGCUGAAGAGAUAUGACAUUUGUAGGUGCUCUGUGAUUAGGCCAUGUGAUGCCAGGUCCCAGAUGAAGCUUGUAGGGUCUUGUGUUGUUGUUGACGCAUCCUUUCUUGGCCGCCAAGUGCCACAUUAUAGGCCUUCGCUCGCCGAAAAGGAAUGUAAAGAUACGCCAUGCAUAGAGUCUAAAGGUAGUUUUUCAAUAUGUUUGAAUGGGUCUUGUUUGCAGUGAAGUAGGUCAAUCCGUCUUGGUUCAAAACUUGACCUGGAUUGGUCAUUCUCCCUAAAUAAAUCUGGUAAGAGAAACUUAAAAGAUACCAUUGACACCAUUUGAGUACUUUUACAAAAGUAGUUUCUAAACACUUGGAAGUUUGUUGGGAGUUACAAUCAUUCACAUGGUUUCAAUGCCUAUGAACUACACAGCUAUCAUCUUUUCCUCCAUAAAGCCAGAAUGUCUGCGACUCUCGAGGCAUUCGGUGUACAUGUCUUUGUGCUUGGUGGGAAACUGGAGUUACAAAUCUAAAACUAUACACUAACCUUUACACCCCCAAUUUCUGGAAUGGACCAUUCUCAUGCAUUAACUAGAACAGUCUAUUGAGGUAAACGGGGUUGAAAAGGCUAAACUGUUCUCAACCUGCCGAUGUAACUCUGAGAGCAUAAUCAACCAGACUUUGAGAUUAUGUGGAUGAGAUGUUGAGGAGGGCGUCAUCUUUAGUUAAAGGUGGGCAUUUUGAUUGACCUGCACUGCUUGGCUAAUGAUCAGUUGUUAAUUUCAGUAGGUGUGGCCAGGGAGUGCUCAGCAGUCGUUCAUAUCGCUGGACUCAUUAUACAGGGUGUCCCAUAUAAUAUCUUCAUUUACAUCUCUAGAAUCAUUGUACAUGGUGCUCCACAAAGAGUCUCCAUUUAUAACGAUAAUAUUAUGACCUGUUGGAAAGCUGUAAACUAGCAGUUUCUGAUUCCACAUUAUUCUUUUAUGGUCAACACACUCAUCUUCAAUGUUACCAAAACUUUUUGUGAAAUUGUCUCCCAAUAGCCAAGUAACGAUUAAGCGUAUUUGAGCGACUGCUGAGAGACAUCCAGAGGCCCAUUUGAUGUUGUACGGCCUAAGGACUUGAGCCAUUCAUUGAGAUUUCAACCUAAUUCAAGGUCCUUCACUACUUUUGUCACUACCUCCAUUGUCUGUUCAUAGAUGUAUGGCUUUCGCAUUUACAUAACGUUGUGGUGUGUACAGAGACAAGAGGUUUUAACUUCAUUCACAUUUUUAUAAGGUGUACAUUUUUAGAAAAACAAGUAUCUGCAUAUCGAUGGCACACGUUGUUGGAUAGGGAAGGAUGUGGUCUGUGGUGACAGAGCAGAGCUAAUCAGCGAUUUGGUCAUUAACCCUCAUUAUGAAUCUGACGGUUCAUUGUAAUAUAAGACACGGAUAGUUCUCCUUGAGUUUACUGAUGAUCGAAAUGUGUGUACUCCUAAAGCUUUAAUGUGCCAGCGUGACCUGUAUAUGUGCUUUGGUGUAUGUAUUAAGUAUGCAUGGAUGUAUGUUAAUUAAGGGCAUGCGUGAAGAAUCAUACUGUAUAGUCUGGAAUGACCAUCAUAUAAUUCAUAAGUUUUUGCUUUCAAGCAUUAACGUCAUUUUAGCGCAUUUUAACGCGUUUCAAAUCUCAAAAGGAAAACUUCUUCAUCGAUGCAUUGAUCUUUUUCUGCACUCGUCUGAUUAGCUGUGUCCUGUCACCAUGGUAACCACUGUUUGCCAGGUCCAUUUGGAUUGAUGCAGAGCUUAAGGCAUAUCAAUAUUACCAAGCUGGUUAACUUUCCAUGUCAUGUUUCACACCUCAAAUCAUGAAAUCCUUGCAUUGGUAUUGUCUCAUAAACUCCAUCAUCUCGGAACAAGUUAGAGUCAAGUAUACAUUGGUAUGCACAGGACAUGUUCUCUCCAAUGAGUCGAGUUCCUCCUAAACGUUGACUGAGUGGCACUUCGACAGGUCAUUGUGAGAUCUUUUACUUAAUUAUUAGGUGGACAAUAUCAUUGUUUGGAUGUUUAUAAAACUAAAAGCUCCAGAGGCCAUUAGAAGUUAUCUCUUCACCUCCACUUCCUGAUACAUGAAUUGGAAGUGUCUGUAAACGCAAGGAAAUGCUGGUGAAACGAUAACUUGAUGUACGGUAAUCAAUCAAAAAGAAAUCAACUAUUAUCUCCAAUAAUCUGGCUUUUAUAUUCUUAAAUGUUAUUGCACAUUACGCAUCUCUACAAUCUGGAUCCUGGCGCAGUCUUAACGUGUCCUGCACCGAGGUUAGUCGGCCACUGACGGCUGGAAACAUAGAUUACAAAUUAUAGUUUCAAUUAUUAUGCAUUUUGCUAACUUGUGUAAUCUGUACCGUGCCUGGAUUAUCUCUUUCAUUUGGAGUUCUCUUUCUCCGUUGGUUUGUGCCAGCUCUGAUGUGUGCUACACGAUGGCAGUCAUCUCGUAACACAAAUGGUUACAUUCAUACGACGACCAGUGUGAACACAAGUCUUUCAGACGAGUAAAUAAGCCAGAAUUGAGUCAACUUGUCACAGGCUGGCAUUUUUCCCGCUCUGAAAGAGCAAUCAAAACGGGUAUCCAGAGAUGGAGAUUAGCAUCAAUUUUGACCAAUAGAGGGCUCAUGUCUCCAUUAUGAUAAUCAGUAUUAACACUAACCCACUCAGUGGUGAAAACCAUGCCAAGAAUCUCGUAGUAAAACAAUGUGACGUUGACACGUCACAGCUCUGCUGUAUAUUUAAUCUCUUGACAACCUGAACUUGCUGUGGUCAUACAGAUAUUCACCAACAAUGUGUGUUUGUCUUUAGUGGAAAAACAUAUGAAUUGGCUGGAUGUUUUUAACCCUUGCACCCCCGUUUCCAGUGUGGACUCUUCUAGCUAAUGCAUCAGAAGUGUUCAUUCAGGAAGCUGGGGAUGUAAGGGUGGAAAUCUUUAUGAUUGUUCUAACAAAUCUUUGAAUGGCCUCAGCACCAGGGAACGCACAGUAAUUGACAUAUAAGAACAGCUGGUAACAUGCAAGAUCUGACUGAUGUAGCUUUCAAUCACUAAUCAACACUUAAUCACUAACUGACGACUUGUAUCCUGUAAAAGCUUUAAUAGACACGCUUUCAGCCUAGUGAAGCGCAGUUGGCUUCCACGGCAAUGACUUCUUCGCCAAGUCCUGUCUGUUGCCAAGUUUGGACAACAUCCUACACGCUAAGCUUUCAAAUUAAACCCCCGUCUGGGUCCAGGUCAACAGGUCAUCUUAUCAUUUGCUCCUUGAGCACCACAGUGAUAGAUUCUUGUAAUGCAUAUGUCAUACAUUAUGGUACAAUGCACAAGAAGCUACCUGGAUGACUCGUCACUUGAACCCAGGGUUCAAGAGUUGGAGGGGGGUCUAAACUAAUUCUAGGUAGUUAUGUCGAAUUAGAAAAAUGCUGUGUAUCUAUUCGAUGUGAGUUUCUUUGAUCAAAGUUGAUGCUGGCUUUAAGUUACAAAAUUGCCCCACCCAUAAAAAAGACAAAAAAUCAAAGCGUUCACACAUGGCAAUAAAGAUAACAAAAUUUACCGGUUAAAUAAGUAUGGAAUUUGAACACGAUUCGACUAUAUUUCUGAGCCUUUUGUAAACCACAUCAGAGUUGUCACAUACCCGCGCUUGUCAACGCUGAAAGCAGGCGUCAUUGGACCGUGCACGAGGACUGCUUGUUACUACACAGGAAUAUAGGAGAAGUCUCUUGGUACAACCUGAAAUCCUCCUGAUAGCUUUGGUAUGAACUUCUUUCAUCAUUAUCUGUAGACCAUUCUGGUGAAGUCCACUUGAGGCAAACUUUCCUCAAUUUUGAUUAAAUCAAUGAAAUAUGAAAUUAACAUUCAAAGCUAUGGAUGAGAAAAGAUUCAACCGUUAAUAAACCUUUCUUAUUUCGGUAGUUAUUUGAAGGCAGUAAAUACUCCCCAAGUAGUACAAGCAGCCGAGUGUUUGUUGGUCAAGUGUGUGGUCCUGGUGGUCUUAAGGCAAACACCAUAGCUAUCAUAAGAUAAAAGGUUGAAUGUAGUUUUGCUUUUUCGUUUUUAUUUUGACAUGAUUACAAUAGGUGCUAAUAGUUAAGCACAUUUAAGCCAGAUUUUUGUACCCAUCUUGUAAAUAACUUUUACCGGUCAGUGACCUUUUUGAAUCAAAAGUAUAUGAUAGUCCUGAGGCAAAAGAAUAUUUUUAUGAUCAUAUAUAAUCGACAUGAUGUAACCUAUGAGAACUUAAGUAUAGUCGUGCUAUGCAAGUAUGAUCGCUUUAGGGUAGACUACUAAAAAUACAGUCUGCUUAUCGUCAACAUCGAUGGUUUAAAAACAGCUUCCCCACGGUGAUGUGAAGUGACCCUCAAAAUCAACCUCAGCGGCUGAUUUUGCCGCUUGGAAUCAAAGAGUAGAAUACUUGUGUUGUUUCUGGUCUGAAAUCUCCAAUCGAGUUGCACGAGUUCUGAAAAUGUUAUUAGCAAAACAAAAAUUGAAAAAUGAAACAUUUAAGCACUUGGAAUUCUACUCCUUUCAUUCCAACCUCCUUCACAUGACUAUUAAAACCAUCCUAGUUCUCAGCUUGAGUUGGUCAUGUCCUGGUGGUCAACUUUAAAACCUAAAUAUCUUGAAAUGAAUUGAAAAUAUAUUCUCAAUCAAUUUCAUUGAAGUCUCCUGGAUUCAGUUUUGUGCAUUGUCGUCUAAACUAUAAGAGUGUGUACAAGGGUGCCAGCAGACGCCAAUGAAAUAGAAAUGUAAAAAGCUUUAGCAUCACAACAAGUCUGCCUGUUUGUUUUCAUAAUCCCUGUCCAACCAGCGGCAGGCAUUUGUAUAUAUAAACAUUGCUAAACUAUUUACUGGAUAUUUCUUUCUACCGGCAUUCAUACCGAUUUUCAUACUACUAGCAGAUAUUGUGCUUUGCUCACUAAUGUAGGCGAGCCACAGUGUAGGUACAUGGUUUAUUGUUUUCAACCCGCCGCUCCAGAUGUCAAUCUCAUCAACAGGAAACCUAUCAUUGGACCAGUCUUUUCGUACACUAGGAGACCAAUCUAUUGGGCCGUUCUUUUUGUUCAAGCUGUGAUUCAAGUCAGGAUUGAAGUAGGUCACCUGAUUGAAGUAGGUCACCUGAUUGAAGUAGGUCACCUGAACACAGAGCCACAUUUCCCCGGUGUGUGCAGUGAAAUAUGACAGUCUUGAUCAGAAUCAACUUUUCGUCUUUAUCCUGAACGUAUGACGGCUUGGAUUACAAAAAUGGCCCUUUUGAUAGUUCGUGGCCUGAGGUUGAUGUGUAUUCGUGUAGGAUGGCUUUCAGAGCCAGUUCUCACGUUGGGUUUAGAAACGGAUUCGUUCAAGUAACAUUUUCAAGGAUCACAUGCCGGCGUGCAUCCUUCCUGUACGCUACUGCAACAUGAAUCUACUUGGCCAUUUCACUGUUCUAAAUAAUAUUGUGUAAAUAGCUACAGUGCCAAGUUGAUUCAUGUUGAAGAUUAUCGUAAUGAUUCUACUAUAAAAAUACGCUGAAAUUAGCAUGGUCAGUCCCUUAGCGAAAUUUCAGCCUGUCUUUUCUCGUCUUGCAUGGGGUGAUUUGAUUCACUUUAAGCCUAUGGAAUGCUUGGCUUUGAUUACGGCAGCAUGCUUUGCUUGAUCAAUUGAAGUGGCGUUUCUGUUUAAAGUCUCCGUUUUGUACGAAAUAGAAUGUCAAUUUACCUGUGGUCUACCCAAGUGUGAAGCUCUGAUGAAACUGCCACCUUCAGUGCAUAUGGGAAUUUAAUCAUUUCAACCUGUGUCAUAACGGCCAAACUUCCACCUUACUUUUCUCGACUCAGGUGAGCAGUGCUGAAAUUCUACAUCAAGAUUCAGCCAUGGUGCUUUGUUUAAUAAAACUCCUUCUGAAGAUAUCGCUGAAUGAGGAUCAAAAAGGGCAAAUAAUAAGAACUCUGGCAAUACCUUUGCAAUGUAAAGUGGACGAGCAAUGCUCAGUAGGGGUAAUAUAAACCACCAUCUCCUGGUGACUGUCUCAAACUAAUGAGUGGACUCUGCAACGCUGGAGUACCUCUGAAAAAAAAACAGUCUCAUGUUGAACUAACCAUCAUCGUGUUAUAUUCAGACAUUUGACUACAAGUUCCUAAAUAUUCUUUUAGCUACAGCAUCGAUUUGAUUUGUUGGUUAUUUUGUGACCUGGACAUUCUUGUUCUUUGUUUAUUUUCACGCCUGUACUGCUAGGUUUGUACGCGCCAGUAGAAACUGGUGUUAGAACCAGUUGACACCGGUGUUAGAACCAGUUGAAACCAGUGUUAGAACCAGUUGAAACCGGUAAUAGCGAAAUGCAUCAUUCAAAAGUUGGUUAUCUUGUCAGUAAAUCAACAGGACGUUCUCCAAGUUUAAGGCGGGGAGUCAUGACAACAAGUCGAUACAGACUAUCAGACUAACACUUGUUAAGCUAGUUGACUCAGUCAGGUGACUUGUUUUUGUGUGGUAGUUACUUCAUGAUUCCUUCCCUUCACUCUUUCUUCUCUCGUUUUCAGUUGUUGAUUAUUUUUAAGUAUUCAAACAAAACACUUUGUUCCUUCCCUUGUAUCACUGGCUAUGCCUCGGGUGGUCACCAGCAGAAAACUAUUGAAAAUGACAUCUAUUCAGUUGAUUUAUUAAACAUUUGGUGAGCAAGAUAAUUUGAAAUAAACCAAAGAAUACAUUGUUUCCUUUGGCCGUCUUUGUGAACCUUGCAACAGAUCAACAUCAUUUACACCAGACCUUGACAAUUUCUUCAUGCCAGACAUCUAUAUCCAAAUCUGGUCGAAUCUGCCUGUCCUGCAAUGAUCUUCUCACUUCUGUGAGGGACAGCUUGCUUUCUGCUCCAUCUUGCUGAAAGAUGAAAUGAAUAGCAAGAGGAGACCUUUGAUUUCAUUCAAAUGUGAUUUGUAAUGUUAUGUAAUGUUAUGAAACAUGUUUGCAUCUUUAGGACCACAUGGCCCUCAAGGGAAGUAUCUAGUGAUGGUUAGGACCACAUGGCCCUCAAGGGAAGUAUCUAGUGAUGGUUAGGACCACAUGGCCCUCAAGGGAAGUAUCUAGUGAUGGUUUGUUUCUCACUUUGUUCUUUGACACUUGUUCUCCUGAUUUUAUCUCUGUAUUUGACGCUGCUGUGUCUUUUAUUCUUUUUGUUGAUUUUAAUUGGUGAGAGACUGUACGGGCGUUGCUAGGUACACUGGUAAUAAUUCUCACGACGUCAGUCAAGAUAUUGUGCAAUAAAUAUAAAUUUUAUCUUGUAAUGAUGAGUUUUACCGAUGUACAGACUUGGAUUCAUUUUAAAAACAUGUUUUUCUUCGUGUCUCUUGGAUGGGUGAGAGCCCACUAACCUGUACACCCCCACCCCUCUGGGUCAUUAUCUGGAGGGUCAAUGCAGUGAAAUGAGGGUGCCCCCACUAACCUGUACACCCCCACCCCUCUGGGUCAUUAUCUGGAGGGUCAAUGCAGUGAAAUGAGGGUGCCCCCACUGACCUGAAUAGAUGAUGCAUUGACUCAAAGAGGUCAUAUACAUAUAGGUAGAUGGAGGUAAAAACCUUGAGGUGUUUGACUUGAGAGUCAUUAACGAGUGAGGAGCUAUCUCCCAUUCAUACGUCAGUUAUCUGCUUGUAAAUUUUUGGACUUAUUUUGUGGAAAAAGUCAUUGACUGGCUCCUGGUUUGUUGACUUUCACCAAUCUAAGAGGCGAAAUCUUGUGUAAAUCUUUUGUUAUGGGUUCAACAUGUUGAUUGUGUUCUUUUUAUUAUGAAACAGACUUUCCUGUGUUAAGUCUGAUGUUUAGUUUUUGCCUGCUUGGUGUGCAAGCCUGGCGUUAUUUGUCUGGUAUUUCACAUGAACAUUUUCAAGGACGAUUUUUCACAUUUGCUUUCUUUUUGAUGCGGUUCUCGCUCCGAGGGUGACACAUGAGAAGGGAGCAGAAGAAGAGUUGAGGAAUAAGUCAAAAGUCGGGUUUUCACAAACAGUAAUAAGCCUUCAGUGUCUGCAGUCCCCUUGGUGCGGGAAAGUGAAAAUGUUUUGUGAACAUCAAUGUCCAGGGUGUUAUUCAAUUCUCAAUAUCCUAAUGAAAGGUUUAUAGACUGUCAUCCUCACCACUUAUUGGAGUCAAGGAUGGCAGUGUAUCUCAACCCCAUGCUAUCAUAUGGCCAUCUUGCUGCUAUCACACAGAAAGUCAUAAAUUAGGCCAAGUCAGUUUGAAACGGGAAAUCGGUUAUCAAGAAGCUCUUGUGUCCAGGCUCCAUUUCUUAUCUCGCAAUCAUUUUUUGUGCCUGGAUGCAUCGGGCCGUCUGAAUUGGUGACAGUUUUCUUGGAUUUGUUUUAAUAAUGUGUAUUGGUACAGCGUAAACUAGCCAGCAUUUCACAUGAGAUGAAGUGGUUGAAUUUACCUAAUGGCCAAAUGGCGGCUUUGUUUAAUUGGUAUUUUUGAUAUUUUGAAUACAUUACAUUAACCCUUCAAGUGCUACAGCCAGACUUUGAGCAUAGAAUGGAAAAAAAAGCGAUCUGUUCUCAGACCCUUCAGUGUGAGAUAAUGUCAAAGAGAAAAGAACUGUUCAUUUCUCCGAGGACUAGAACUGGCAUCAAGUAUUGCAAUGAGGCAAGGAAUCCUUGACCUCUAACCUGUGCCAAGUUUUGAAAACGUAUCCACUGAAAUAUUUGGUUGUUAAUAAUUCCUCUGUGUUCAUCAGGACGGCCACUGCACUUGUUGGGAAAAGGAAACCAUCGUCCAUCCUAUAUAGACACAUUUUGUAAAUAUUAUAAGGUUAGGAGACAAAAUAUUGUCAGUAUUCUCCGUACAUUUGCACCAUUGGUGUAUGUAGAGGUACAAGUUGACAGUGUUGUUACCAGACAACUGUGGCAGUGGUUUGCCCUUACCAAGGAUUCAACUCGAAAUGCCUCUGGUUGGGUUCAAUAAUUUCAUCUACUGAUACACAUUACAUUGUAAGAAUUCUUUCUAAUAGAACUCAGAUAUUCACUGAACAUUGAAUCAUAUUAUUAUACGAAUCACUGCGGUUUUAUUAUGAAUGUGUAGAUAUACUCUUUGGGCAGAUUGAGCCACAAUGAACCCAGCUAUUGGCACUAAUCUCAAGAAUCAUAAAUCCCAACAAAUUGCCUGUGGCUUGAAAUAACAACCAUUACUGUUGCUAUUUUUGUCACCGACGUUGCUUUGUGCUUAUAUACCUGUGUCUUGUCCUAGAAACCUAAAUCUCAUCAGAAUAUCCCAAAACGAAAAUGCUCCAUUUCUGACUUCUCACGAAUGGGCCUGCAAUAGGGUACAUUGCAUGUUUGACAGGGUGAACUGUAUAAGACAUUUGAACUUUGAAAUGUUGGUAUUGUAUUCGUGAGGAGAGUGACUUCUCUGUACCCCAAGCCCCAUCUGUAUGUGUUGUCAGUCAGGUUCAUAGAUGUGCCAGGCAUUUUGAAUUAAGAAAAAUUCCAUAGACUUGUUAAUGUGAUAAAAUACCAAUAAUUAAAUAAAGCACAAUAUGCUAAACUUGUAAGACUGAA